AUGUCCUUCAUUGCAACAACCAAGUCUUGGGACGAAACACAUUACGAAAGUCUCUGGUAUAUUAGUUACGAUUUCACACAACAUCCAAAAUAUUUUAAAUUAUUUGGAAAAAACUUUUUAUUAUUGAUCCCAACAGAAGAAUAUGUGAUCAACCUUUAUGGACCCGAAGCGCAAAACUAUCGAGCCCACCAAGCCAUUCGAGGAAUGGGAGAAUUCCUUGUGUUCCGAAAUUGUUCCUGA